AUGGCCGUGUCAGUGUCUAAAAAGUUUUUAUCUUUGUGUAAAAAUAGUUUAAGUAUUAGAGCACUUUCUACAACAUGCACCAAAAACGCGAAAGUGGUAUUUAACUGGGAAGAUCCACUAAAUUUAGAAGGACAGUUACAUGACGACGAAAAGGCAAUCCGAGACUCGUUUAAAGCUUAUUGUAACGAGAAACUAUUGCCAAGAGUAAUCGAAGCGAACAGGAAUGAAGUCUUUGAUAAAGAAAUUUACAAGGAGAUGGGUGGGAUGGGAGUGCUCGGAUGUACAAUCAAAGGGUAUGGUUGUGCGGGUGUCAACUACGUCACGUAUGGCUUAUUGACGAGGGAAUUAGACGCAGUCGAUUCUGCUUAUAGAUCAGCGGUGAGUGUCCAGAGCAGCUUGGCUAUGGGAGCAAUUAAUAAUUAUGGUACUGAGCAACAAAAACAAAAAUUUCUACCAAAAAUGGCUAAAGGGGAAUUAAUAGGAUGUUUUGGGUUGACUGAACCUAACUUUGGAAGUGAUGCUGGUGGCCUUGUAACAAGAGCAAAGUACGAUGCCAAAAAUAAAACCUAUGUAUUAUCAGGAUCAAAAACAUGGAUUACAAACUCUCCUAUUGCAGAUAUACUAAUUGUCUGGGCUAAGGAUGAUGAAAACAAAGUUCGAGGUUUUAUUGUAGAACGAUCAGAGGUCAAAAAAGGUCUUGACACACCGAAAAUCAAUGGAAAAUUUUCUCUGCGAGCGUCGACAACUGGCAUGAUAUUGCUCGACGAAGUGGUUAUACCGGAGGACAAUUUAUUGCCCAAUGUAGUGGGUCUGAAGGGGCCGUUCGGAUGUCUCAAUAACGCGCGAUAUGGGAUCGCUUGGGGCGCUCUCGGUGCCGCUGAAACUUGUUUGCGGAUCGCCCGACAGUACACAUUAGAUAGGAAACAAUUUGGGCGACCGCUCGCUUCCAACCAACUAAUACAGAAGAAACUGGCUGACAUGUUGACGGAGAUAAGCAUUGCAUACCAAGCUUGUUUAAGAGUGGGACGUCUGAAAGAUGAAGAUAAGGCAGCACCUGAGAUGAUUUCACUACUGAAGAGGAAUAAUUGUGGUAAAGCAUUGGAUAUUGCUCGUAAUGCGAGAGAUAUGCUCGGAGGUAACGGUGUUUCGGAUGAAUAUCAUAUUAUUAGACAUGUGAUGAAUCUUGAGGCCGUCAACACAUACGAAGGGACCCACGAUAUUCAUGCACUUAUUUUGGGGAGAAGUAUUACUGGGAUACCCGCGUUUUAA